ACAAACGCCAAACAAAACUGUUGCGCAGUGAAAUAAUAAUACACUCUUGUUUCCACUAAAUGCAUUAAAUAAAACAAUUUAAAUUAACAUGUGCGCAACGUAAAAUUACAAAUCUUCAUAACAUAAAGAUAUAUUAUAUAAUACAAGUUGAGUUUGAAAUUAAAUCUAAUUAAAUACCAUAAAAAACUUAUUAAUUUUGAUGAAAAUUUCAUCAUAUGUAUUAAAUUAUGUAAUUAAAACAAAUAGUUGAAUUAUAAUCAAUUAUAAGUUCUCGCCACGUGCUAAACUCACGGAUAUAAAAGUGUAUGUGCCUAUGUACCUUAAGUGUAUAGAAUUUUAACAAUGUGUACGAAAAGGUGAUUCGAUGCCAAUUUGAAUAAUACGAAAUAUUCUAAAUUUUAGUUAUAAAUUUGAAAAUUGAAAACCAUUAUGAGCAAAAACGCCAAUGACAGAGGCAAUGGGCCAACAAAACCAGGACCAGCAACGCCUUUGAUAGCAGUAACAACCAGAGGCCUUGGUACUUACCAAAUUACCAGAAAUGUACAAACUACAGAACAAGUUCAAAUUGCAGGCGGCUAUGAUCCACCAAAAAGCCAUUGUUGUAGUUUGGCUUGCUGUCCAAAACCAAAAUGUGAUCGAUGUUGGAAAAUUACGCGUUCAGUUUGUCCCAUACUGGAUUGGCUACCCGGGUAUUCCCUCAAACGAGAUCUAUUCGGGGACAUGAUAGCGGGCAUGACAACUGCAAUAAUGCAUGUACCGCAAGGUUUAUAUUUCCUGGUGUAUGGCAUAUGCCUUGUAGCAAAUGUUAUUCCAACAGCAGGACUAUAUAUGGCUUUCUUUCCUGCAUUGGUUUAUGUAGUUUUUGGGUCAUCUAGACAUGUAUCCAUGGGAACAUUUGCUGUAGUUAGUAUAAUGGUAGGAAAAAUUGUUCAAGAAUACGCCUAUUUUCCAGACGGUGUAGAGAAAAUACAGGAGAUACGACUACAAUUCCUGCUUAUCAUGUGGAUUUUUCGUCUAGGGGCCCUUAGUACUCUGUUAUGCGAGCCCCUGAUAAACGGUUUUACUACAGCCGCUGCCGUUGCGGUUCUCAUCAGCCAAAUGAAAGAUUUAUUGGGCCUUAAAAUUCCGAGACAUAAUGGAAUGUUUAGUCUUCCCUAUAACUUAUACGAAACAAUUAUAGGUUUACCGACCGCUAAUACUGCUACUAUAAUAGUAUCAAUAUCUGUGAUAUUUGUGAUGACAUUGAAUAACGAACUACUUAAGCCUUGGUUGGGUAAACGAUGUCGGAUGCCAGUUCCUGCGGAACUAUUGUGCGCCAUAGCAGGCACCGCUGUUUCAUACCUUCUUGAUCUUAAGCAAAACUACAAUGUGCCCAUUGUUGGAGAAAUACCCACGGGUUUGCCAACACCAAGUUAUCCACGAUUUUCUUUACUACGUUUGGUAGCUGUCGAUACAAUCGCCGUUGCCAUUGUUUCCUAUUCCAUCGUGAUGUCUUUAGGAUUGAUAUUUGCGAGACGCCUUGGAUAUACCAUAAGGCCAAAUCAAGAACUUCUAGCAAUGGGUUUGGCAAAUUUGGUAGGAGCUGGAUUUUCAUGUAUUCCCAUUGCUUGUUCAUUGACCAGAACCAUGAUCCAGGCAAAUAUAGGAGGAAAAACGCAAAUGGCGACGGUCAUAUCAGCUUCUAUUAUAUUAAUCGUACUUUUGUGGAUUGCGCCUUACUUGCAGUAUUUACCACGUGUAAUUCUGGCAGCUAUUAUAUUAGUCGCAUUGAAAGGAAUGUUCAUGCAAGUAAAAGAUUUGAAACGAUUUUGGCUACUGGGCCCUAUACAUGCUGCUAUAUGGGUAGGAACAUUUUUAGGAGUUGUCUUCAUUAGUAUUGACAUGGGAUUGCUAAUUGGCGUCGUGCUAUCUUUGAUGACUUUAUGGUUUGGAAAUAGAUCGAAUUGCAAAGUGAUGGGUCGUAUACCAGGAACUGACUUAUAUGCUGAUGUUAGUUCAUACAAACUGGCUGAAGAAUUACCACAUAUUAAAAUUAUUCAUUACGAUGGAAAUAUCAGUUUUGCCGCAUCAAGCAGUUUCAAGAAAUCCAUUCUCAAAAAUAUACAAUUUGCUCCUGCACAUGAGGAAGAAGAAGCAUUGCGGGAUACAAAAUCAGUCCGUGUCAUAAUUUUGGACAUGAGUUCUGUUCGCCAUGCAGAUGCCGAGGGAAUGUGUUUUCUGUUUCAAAUGAAACAUGAACUAUCUCAAAAAAAUAUUAGUAUUACAAUGGCAGCCCCAAGUGAUGGAGUAUUAGAAGUAAUUCGUAGAUUAGAAAGCAUUGGACCAAAGUCUUGUGCUGCUUUGAAAACAACAAAAGCAAUAGAAGCCUUUCCUACAAUUCAUGAUGCAGUAAUACAUUGCCAACAAACUCUUAAUGAAUCUGUAUAAUGAUACCGAUACUGUAAAUUGUAAUAAUCCUGUAC